AGUUGUACUACAGAGCAGCUCUCGUGGCGUCUUUCUUGUCUCAAAGUGGGCGGCGCGCUUGAGAAGAAGAGAGAAGGAGGUGAGAGAGAACAAUGUCACAUGGGCACCGAUCAACCACCAUCUAACAUUGUUCAUCAUGCACAUGCUACAAACUGUUCUGCUGCCAUUGGCAAUCUGUGCUUUGUCAUUGACGACAUUGAUUCAAGCACAAUCAAAUGAUACGCCUGAUGUAAACGUUCAAACCACGUUCCCGAAUAAUGCAUUUAACCGAGUAUCAAACGGUCAAGCAAACAGAGUAGUAUUCACUCUCACACAACCUAAAUCAGGAGCUGAUUCAGAUCGAAUUCUCACCUUGGAAAGUAUCACCGGUGCUUUCUUGAAUCGCGAUCGUCAAGGAAAGAAAGGAUAUGUGAUGCGAAACAUGACUUCGACAAAGUUCAAAUCUCUUCCUCUAAAACCUACAAAUGGACAACCAUUACAAGUACCUUUUGACUUCUAUCCAGAAUUCAAGCCACAAGAAGUGGGUGUCGAAUUCCGCAUCUUAGUCAAAGAUGGUCAAACGAGCAAAGUACACAACUUACAUGCUUACACAGGUUCCGUCUCCGUUGUUGAACCGGCAAAGAGUUGGUUUGACGUGCAAUUGCUUUCGUUGUAUGCACUUUUGGCUGCUGUCGUUGGUACUGCUGUUUAUUGGGCAAGCAAAAAUUACCCUGGCUCCAAUUCGAUCAACAAGAGAAAACAAAGAGCAAGCACUGCCAAAGCAAACGCUGCAUCAGGUUCAAGUGUCGGCACAAAAGGUCAAAAAGUUGAACCUGUUUCCGCUUCUUCAUCUGCAUACGACGAAGACUGGAUCCCAGCUCAUCACUUGCGUAAAUCCGCCGGCGGCUCAAAUAGCCCAAAGCCACGUGCAAGCCGAACCAACUCUGGUCGCAAGUGAGGUGAUGUAUCUUCAGCAUCUCUUCAAUUCUGUCGCAACUAUGUCAGGAUGCUCCUUUCCUCCAAUUGAGCAAAUCAACAAAAAUGAAUGUGCUUUAUCUCAUACUUUAACUCUGUAGAACCAAUGCAAUACAAUAUUUGGAAUGUGACAAUCUUUGAGAUAAGGAUUGCUUCCAGAAAGACG